AUAAUAUAAAUCAUGGGCUUUGGCCCCGUGGCCAUGCUUACCCAUUAAAGAAGGACUGUAAUCUAAGCCCAUGGAUUAAGCCUGGUUCAUUGAUUGCUGGCUGACUUUCCAUCCUUAUUUAUGUUAAUACUUUGCCCAAUCUAAUCCAACCCAAUCCUGCCAAUUCUUAUCUUUCACUUUGCUCCUGCAAUGCACCGAAUUCCCUUGACCCCCGCUAACUUGCGCUGGUCACUCUCUGUCUCCUCACCGCCCACCACCUGUUCGACAAAACUCCACCCACAACCCAUCCAGUUUUCAAAGCCCCAAUAUUUCACCGUCAAUUCAUCAAAACGGAGCUCCGAACACUUCCUAACGGGUUUCCAGAGAGAUCCCAAGAACGCAUUGUCUCAGAUUAUAAGAAGAGAAGCCGCUAUUGAAGGUAUUGGGAGGAAGGCAAAGUCCAAGAAGCAGCGCAAAAGGCUUUGGCCUAAGGCUGUUUUGGAGGCUCUUGAUGAAGCUAUAAAGAAGAACUCUUGGGACUCUGCUCUUGAGAUAUUUGGACUUCUACGUAAGCAACAUUGGUACGAGCCUAGAUGCCAAACGUACACAAAGUUGAUAAUGAUGCUUGGUAAAUGCAAGCAACCAGAACAAGCCAGUUUGCUAUUCGAAACAAUGCUUUCCGAAGGGCUAAAACCUACCAUUGAUGUCUAUACCGCUCUUGUAUAUGCAUAUGGGAAAAGUGGCUUCAUCGACAAGGCUUUUACUACUGUUGAAGAUAUGAAAUCAGUCUCGGAUUGCAAACCUGAUGUCUAUUCUUAUUCCAUUCUUAUUAACUCUUGUAUGAAGCUCCGCCGUUUUGAUCUGAUUGGAAGAAUUCUUGCUGAGAUGUCUUAUUUGGGAAUUGGGUGUAGCACUGUUACAUAUAAUACUAUUAUUGAUGGAUAUGGUAAGGCUGAAAUGUUUGAAGAAAUGGAGAGCUUAUUGACAGAUAUGAUUGAAAGUGGUGAUUCCCUUCCGGAUAUUUUCACAUUCAAUUCUAUUGUUGGGUCUUAUGGGAACAGUGGGCAGAUCGAGAAGAUGGAGAAGUGGUAUGACGAAUUUCAGCUUAUGGGAAUAAGGGCAGACAUUAAAACUUUCAACAUCCUUAUCAAAUCUUUUGGGAAAGCAGUUAUGUAUGAGAAGAUGGGCUCUGUCAUGAAGUUCAUGGAGAAAAGGUUCUUCUCUCCCACGGUUGUUACUUAUAAUAUUGUUAUUGAAGUAUUAGGGAAGGCUGGAAAGAUUGAGAAGAUGGAGGAAUAUUUUAAGGAAAUGAGGCAUAAGGGAAUGAAGCCAAAUGCUAUCACCUAUUGUUCUCUUGUUAGUGCUUACAUUAAAGCUGGGUCAAUUAAGAAGGUUGAUUCCAUUUUGAGGCAGGUGGAGAAUUCUGAUGUGAUACUCGAUACCCCUUUUUUUAACUGUAUCAUCAAUGCUUACGGUCAGGCCGGUGACAUGAAAAGGAUGGGUGAGUUGUUUUUGGUGAUGGAAGAGAAAAAAUGCAUCCCUGACAAUAUCACUUUUGCAACCAUGAUUCAAGCCUACAACACUCAUGGCAUGAUUGAAGCUGCUGAAAAUUUAGAAAAUAAGUUGAGAAACACAAGCAAAAAUUCAGUUCUGGUGAAGGAGAUGAGAAGGAAGUAAAUCAGGUCAGAAUGUAAAUGUGAAGAUAAAUAAGGAUGCAAUGUUGAAGGUUGAUGGAGAUGGUAAAGAUGAUUGUGACCAUGUGAUGGGAUUUUUUCCUGUUGGAACUCUGAUCCAAGAAACCGUCUUUGAUGAUAGUACUGGAAAGUCAAUUCAAGAAAUAUUUCCUAGCAAAAAUGGGAUGUUGCUGGAAAAUUUUUAGACUCUUCACGUGGAUUUGUCUUCAGCUUUUGAUUUAGUGGUUAAAAAGACUUAAAAAUACAUGUAAAGUGAGAGUUUCGAGUACCAACAUCUUCAUCCCCUGGCUCCAUUCAAAUGGAUAAAAAAAAAGACGUAUAUAUUGGAUUAUAAUUAAUAAAAUUU